AGAUAUUCUGUCAUUUUCGAUCUCCGUGUAAUCGGUAAUAACAAUUUAGCACUGUUUGAUUGUAAAUUAAAUAGUAAUACACAAUAUAUCAGAAAAUUGAUUUAUAGCCAGUGAAAAAUAUUAAGAAAGUUUAACAUUUAACAGAUCGUACAUAAAUUUUAAUAAUGGCUGGCUAUGCUAAUCAAAAUGAAUAUGCUUGGUUACCUCCUGAUAAUAGCCAAAAUUAUGCUUUUGAUAGUACCGCAAAUAAUUUUGUUGAUUCCUCUCAAACCUUAGAUUUUCAAACAUUUCAACCAGAGAGGAGUUUCGCUUACGAUCAAGCUCAAGUUCCAUUGGUACCUCCUAAUAAUAAUCAAGGUUAUCAUCCGAGCAUUUUUACCCCUGCAGCUAUUCCCAGAGAAGCAAAUGCAGCAAUUUCAGAAUUUGAUGAACCACCUCUAUUAGAUGAACUGGAAAUAUAUCCUGAUAGGAUAUUAGAAAAAACAUUAGCAGUACUUAACCCAUUCCAUGGCCAAUCUAAAGCAGACGAUGCAAACUUUUUACUAAGAGAUACUGACAUUGCAGGCCCUAUUGCAUUUUGUUUAGCUUUGGCUGUUUGUCUCUUUCUUUCUGGCAAUAAAGCACAUUUUGGUUAUGUUUAUGGGCUAUCUGUAAUGUCGGUUAUUCUAAUGUAUUGUUUAUUGUCACUUAUGAGUCGUACUGAAGGAGUUUUUACUGUUUUAAGUGUUGCAAGUGUUCUAGGAUAUUGCAUGUUACCAAUGGUAGUACUGGCUACUUUGGGAAUAUUUAUAUCUCUUGAGGGAACUAUUGGUUUAAGUCUAUCUGCUGUUGCUGUAAUUUGGUCUGCCCUUUCAGCAAGUAGAUUAUUUGUUACAAUGUCAGGUGACACAGAGCAAAGGCCUCUCAUAGCAUAUCCUUGUGCGCUGGUCAAUGGAGUGUUUGCUCUGCUAGUACUAUUUUAAACUAUACUAUAGUUAAUGUCUGCUUUCCUUAAAUUUUUAUAAAAUAUAGUCUUAGUCAAGUUAUUUACACUUAACAUAUGUUUAACAAAUGACAAUUGUAGUAAAAUAAGAUUUUACUAUAUUUAAUUGUU